AUGGGCUGCGCCUCUUCCUCUGCGCUUCCCAACCUCCCGGACGCCCAUCAGUUCGCACUGGUGGGCGCGGACUCCUGUGCUCCAGUUCUAACGACACUUCGCUUGCGCAACCGCUUCUGGGACCCACCCGCGGGUGAGGACUUUGUGGUCUCUGACGCCGAGUGGGGCCAAGAGCUCUUUCGCCUUCGAGGUACGACGUCGCACAUGAAGACACUGCGGGACUCGCUGGGCCAUCCACUGGUGCACAUGAAGCGCGAGCUCACGGCCCCUGUUCCCACGCACAACGUCUUUGACGCCAAAGGAUCAGCUGCUGCCCACCUGUUUACGAUCAAAGCACUGCCCGAGCUGCGCGUCGACUUUCAGCACCCCACGUCGGGCCAAAAGUGCCGCAUCGGCCUCUCGGGCAAUUGGGCCAAGCGCCAGGCGUCGAUCUGGAUGGACCAAGGGCGCAAGGGCUCGCGCACGACCAUUGGCCGCGUCUUCCGCUACAUUGGCAGUCCCGGCUCCGCUACGGCCACCCGCAGCUCGUCCGUGUCAAACGGCCACCUGAACGACCACUACUUUCUCGCUGUGAUGGGCGGAGUUGACAUGGCACUUAUGGUACUCAUUUGCAUGUCGCUGGAGCAAGCGCACAGCGAGGAGUGGUGA